AUGUCACAAGUCGCAGCUACUAUUCCGAAAAGAAGUUACAGAAAAGAGGCGAUCAUAUCGGACCUCUUUACCUCACUUGCGUUUUCAACUGCUUCUAACAGCGCAACCAUUUCGGAGAAGUCUUCGUCCGAAGUCCCAAAAUCAUCGGAAGUCCAAGAUUCGUCUCCGAAGCCAAAUUCUGUUGAUAUCGCUCCAGAAUCUGUCGCGGCGAAGUCAUCGUCUUCUGAAAAAGCUGAUCCACCACAGAUUCCAGCUGAGCAACCACCGAAGGAAGUUGUGGGAAACACUUCCCCAGAAUCGACUGAAAAUCCGAAAAAUUCCGUCUACGUCGGGCUUCCAAAAGCUGAUCCAACAACUGUCUCUACUUCGAUCCAACCACCAAGCUGGCCAGGAGCAACUCCCCGUUGA